CUUCUUCGUCGUCUUCUCUGACGACCGCGACCGCCGGCCGGGAAGACCUCCAAACCCUAGACCGCCGGCGACGACGCGAUGGCACGCUACGACCGCGCGAUCACCGUGUUCUCCCCCGACGGCCACCUCUUCCAGGUCGAGUACGCGCUCGAGGCCGUCCGCAAGGGCAACGCCGCCGUCGGCGUCCGCGGCACCGACACCGUCGUCCUCGGCGUCGAGAAGAAGUCCACCCCCAAGCUCCAGGACUCCAGGUCGGUGCGGAAGAUCGCGAGCCUGGACACGCACAUCGCGCUGGCGUGCGCGGGGCUCAAGGCGGACGCCAGGGUGCUCAUCAACCGCGCGCGGGUCGAGUGCCAGAGCCACCGCCUCACCGUCGAGGACCCCGUCACCGUCGAGUACAUCACGCGCUACAUCGCCGGACUGCAGCAGAAGUACACCCAGAGCGGUGGGGUCCGCCCCUUCGGCCUCUCCACCCUCAUCGUCGGAUUCGACCCCUACACCGACAAGCCCGCCCUGUACCAGACCGAUCCAUCCGGUACCUUCUCCGCUUGGAAGGCCAACGCCACGGGGAGGAACUCCAACUCCAUGAGGGAGUUCCUGGAGAAGAAUUACAAGGACACCUCCGGCAAAGAGACUAUCAAGCUUGCAAUCCGUGCUCUCCUGGAGGUUGUCGAGAGUGGUGGAAAGAAUAUUGAGAUUGCAGUGAUGACAAAGAAGGAUGGUCUUCGCCAACUCGAGGAGGCUGAAAUCGAUGAAUAUGUUGCUGAGAUUGAGGCAGAGAAGGCUGCAGCUGAGGCUGCAAAGAAGGGUGCCCCAAAGGAAACCUAAUUCUUCAAUGUACUGAAUUUUCAUUCCAUCAAAAUUUGUAGUGCAUUACUUGUAUUCCACAGCACAGUUUUUAAUUGUUCUAGAGGAAUGUUAGAUUGUUCAGUGAGAGUGAGUGCUUCUAUUGAUUAGCACCCCAGGAUCCCUUAGACUCAAAUGCCUUGUGAUGUACUCGUUUUCUAUAUACCUUCUUUUGAACAAAAGGCUUCAUAGGCUGUGAAUCCAUACUUCACAAGUCUUAAGGUUAGCUGACAAAUCUUGUGCAGC